AUGAGCUCCCUUGAUGGAAAGGUUCCCUGGCAAGGAAAGGCUGCUGCGAAGCGACAAGAAUGUGCCAACAAGCUCCCACAAUCAUGGAGACUCUCAGAGCAGUUCAUGUCGGGGUUUCAAGCACCAAUAUCCGAACACAAAAACGACAUUAUUCGAACUGAAGCAAUUCGCAAAUCGGGGAUUUUAACCGAUCGGGAACUGAAAAUCACUGAAGAUUAUACGGUUACCAGCCUACUGUCUGCGUUGGCAGAUGGAGUUUUGACGUCAACAGAGGUGACGCUGGCUUACUGCAAACGUGCCGCCUUGGCUCAACAGUUGGUAUCUUGCCUGACAGAAACUAUGUUCCCAGAAGCACAGGAACGUGCCGAGUAUCUAGACAAACUUCGGGCUCAAGGUAAGCUUGCAGGUCCGCUUCAUGGACUUCCCAUCAGCCUCAAGGAUAAUUUCCACUAUAAGGGGACGGAAUCAACCAUUGGAAUGGUCUCUUUCCUAGGUGAGAAAUCACCCGCCAACUCACCUCUUGUGGACAUCCUGCUCGACCUAGGGGCAGUCCUCUAUGUGAAGACAAAUAUACCCCAGACAAUGAUGUUCCUUUCUCGCCAGACUACCGACUCCCAUAACAAUGUAUUUGGCCGAACUCUGAAUCCCUGGAACACCUCCUUGGGACCUGGUGGAUCUAGCGGCGGCGAAGGCGCGUUGAUUGCUCUUCGGGGAGCCCCACUUGGCGUGGGAACUGAUAUUGGAGGUUCUAUCCGGAUUCCUGCGCAUUGCUGCGGACUCUAUGGGUUCAGGCCCAGCGCCGCACGAGUGCCAAAUGGCGGGAUGCGUGUCUGCACCACUAGUGGCAUGAAAUUCAUCCUUUCCUGUGCUGGUCCACUUUCGACAGAUCUUGGUGGGAUCGAAACCUUUUUCAGAUCUAUAUUCGACGCUCAACCUGCGCGCUAUGAUUCCACUGUCAUCGACAUCCCGUGGAGACAAGUCCCUACCAAACCGACUCUGAGGAUUGGAGUUGUCCCUGAAUCUUCGAUCUUCCCUCUUCAUCCACCUAUUAGAAGAGUACUAGCCGAGGCUAUUCACUCAUUGAAAGCACAGGGCAACCACAUCGUUUAUCUCGACGAAGAGGAGUGCCGUUUAAUGGAGGCGAAUGAGAUUGCGUGGAAUUUCUUCACUCUGGACCAGGCUUCCAAGAAGCAUCUCGAAUCAGCUGGAGAACCCCCAGUUCCUGCUAUAUUCUAUAUGUUGAAACAGGGUGAGAAACUCAGACAGUUUUAUAAACGUUCACUACCAGACAUGACCACUCUUGAUCAGUUGGAGAAAUUGGCAUUACUCAACACUCGACGAGCAGAACUCCGUGAGACGUACCGAAAGCUUUGGCUGCAACAUAAUCUUGACGUCUGCAUUGCACCCCCCGCUCAGACGACGGCAGUGCCACAUGACACGUUUGGUCUGGCACCUUAUACCACUCUCACGAACCUUUUGGAUUAUCCAUCCUCUAUCCUACCCUUUGGGAAAGUGAGCGAGGUAGAUGCGAAGGAGGGCUUUGAGCUGGACGGUAAUCAAGUUGGAGCCGAAUAUGACUUUGAGCAACUCGAAGGGGCGCCAUGCUCCAUUCAGAUCUUUACCACGACCAUGCGUGACGAAGAGUGCUUGCAGAUUGCUAAGCAGAUUGACCAGUGUCUCAGGGGCAAUGAAUAG